CUGCACGACAUUGACUUAUGGAUUCAACUUCGCCUGCCUCGAUAACCUUCUUUGGAACAACUGCACCACAACUCGAGGUAAGGCUGGAGAAAGCUCGAAAUAGCUUCGGCAGAGUUCUCGCCCCCACCAUCGCCCUGAGCUUCUUUCCAAGCCAGUUGGAACAGCACGAGGUAUGUGUACGACACGGUAGCAAUAUAUGCGAUGGAUGCGACGGACGCGACGAGCGCGGACCCGUCGGAAUCUGAUCACGAUCAUGAUCAUGUCCAUGUCCAUGUCCAUGACCUCGACCCCGACCCUGACCAUAUUGCUGAAGAUGUUGGUGACAACUCUAUAUUCGUGGAUGCGGCGGGGCCCACUGGUCAUGCUACGAGCCUUGACGGACAUGAUGGUGAUGAAGAUGCGCAAGUCGAGCAAGACGAAACAGGGAACUUGGCAGGUGUACAAGAAACAGAACAGGUGGACGAAGAGAACGCCUCCACCAAACAUUCCUCACCAUCGCCGUUGCAGCAACCUCAGCUCUUGCCCAUUCAGGUCCUUCUCCAUGCCCCGGCCGACCCAAGCUCAUACUCCAAAAUCGACCUACCACCUAGUUGGUUUGUCUCCAAGAUCCUCGAAGAGGUUGCCACUGGCCAUGACAAUGACGACGACGAUGGCCCUUGGUAUAGUGUGGAGUUUGACGAUGGUCGUAUUGACCAAUUCGCUUAUGAUGAUAUUCGUACAAUGCGCAACGGCUCCUCUGCACUGGACAGAUUUCGCAGAAGCCAGGGCUUCUAUCAAGAACAGGACAUGUAUCAACAUCCAGGCACAAUAGCACAUCACGGUACCAAACGCCAUUGGCCAGCCGACACAGACUCAGACCACAUGGAGUUUGAGCAACCGCGACAAAUACCUCUUCGUCGAAGCACGAGACGGAUGACCUCCAGACAGCCAUCUGUGGAUUAUCCCAUGAAGUAUGGCAUCGAUGAGGAUCUUGUCGAUAGCGCAUUUGUGGGCGGGGAUGAUCAUGAGGACGAGGACGACGAUGACUUCGACAAUCCCGUCAAGCAAGGACUUGGACCUAACAAGAGACUGACCAGAGCUCAGAAUUCUGUUGGCAAGAAAUACACUGCCCAUCUUCUCUAUUCUGAGGAUGAACUUGCUGGCGACUCUGAUGAUAAUUUCAAACCCGUCACUUCUGACCUCAGCUCUUUCAAGGCCGGUCACAAGAGGAAGGGUGGCAAAGGCAGACGAAGCCUCCGUGGUGCCGCACGAAGAAGAGAUCGAGACUCGUCGAUUGAGUUUGAACCUACUCGCAAGUCUGGUCGAAUAACAAAAGACACCAACUACGUCGUUCCAGACAUUGACGAUGAUUACGGCGCAAUCGACGACAAACCUGUCAGUACUCCCAAGCAUGUCUCCGUCAAAGAGAUCUUCCCGCCCCUGCCUGAGGAUUCCGAAUUCGUCAAGUCGCACAUGAGAACCUGUGAGACUUGCGGUUCCGGGGCACAUGCAGGCAAAGGUUCUCUGAUUGCUUGUCAGGGUUGCUCGACAUCUUACCAUAAGAUAUGCUUGGGUCAGAGAUCGGCACGUGAGCAUCGGGUCACCAAGAUCGGACCGGAUUACUUUGUUCUUCAAUGCAGAAUCUGCAUAGGCACAUACCAGAAGAAAGAUGCGACUGCACCAAACCAUGCUCUGUGUCAAACAUGCAAGGCAGUUUCUCCUUCUUGCCACGAGUUCUCACCGAAGAAGACACCGAAAGUUGAGGAACACUUGCGCCAAGAAAAUGGAGGCCAAGAUCCUGUUACUGAGGUCAAUCGUGAGCUCAUAAACAAUGCUGCCACUUUACUGUUCCGCUGUACUUCUUGCAAGCGUGGCUACCAUUUCGAACAUCUACCACCGCUAACCCGAGAAGAGGAGAUUCCUGUCGACUUGCGCGCCAACAGGAUCUCCGAGUAUGACAUGGUUGAUUGGAGGUGCAAGGACUGUGUUGACGCAAAACACAAAAUCCAGUCCUUGGUCGCCUGGCGCCCCGUUGAUCAAGAGGGCUACAUUACUGGAAAGACUUGCCUUGACAUCCCUGAGGAUGGUAAAGAGUACCUAGUCAAGUGGGACAAGGUCUCUCACUUCCAUGACACAUGGAUGCCCGGUGCCUGGGUCUUUGGCGUAGCUGCAAGCGCUAUGAAAUCUGCAUUUGUCAAACGCGAUGAGAACAUGCUCCCAAAGAUGACUUUCGAGCAAGCCAUUGAGGAAGAAUGGCUUCUAGCCGAUGUCAUCUUAAAUGUCCGAUAUCGUGGGAAUAGAGUGCGCUCGAGCAAAGCUAAGGACCUUGCCCGUAUCUCUGAUGUCAAGGAGAUUUUUGUGAAAUUUCAGGGUCUUGGCUAUACGGAAUCAGUCUGGGACACGCCGCCUGCCAAGGACACAGGAGCAGCCUACGAUGCUUUCCGCACAGCAUACGAGGAAUACGUCCAAGGUGUCCAUUUCCCCCAUGUCACAGACCACAAGAUGGCUGAAAGAGUCAAGCAGUUCCGUGGCCUUGACUUCAGGUCCGAGUGCGAACUCCAUGCUCAGCCUCCCGGGCUUAAGCGUGGAAAGCUCAUGGAGUACCAGGUCGAUGGUGUCAACUGGAUGCUUUUCAACUUCAAUAAACAGCUUAAUGUCAUUCUGGCAGAUGAAAUGGGUCUAGGCAAGACAGUACAGGUGGUGGCUUUCAUCACUACGCUUGUCCAGGACAAGCCUAACUGCUGGCCGUUUUUAAUUGUGGUUCCAAAUUCCACUUGUCCUAAUUGGCGCCGCGAACUGAGGCAAUGGUCACCAGAACUUCGUGUUUGCACCUACCAUGGUGGCAAGGCAGCACAGGAUCUGGCUUUCAAGCACGAAAUUUUUCCCGAAGGUAUUAAGGCUGGCAUUAAGGCGCAUGUUGUCAUUAUGUCAUAUGAAGCAGCCGUAGAUGCUGGAUCGACGUUCCGCUCUGUCAAGUGGCAAGGCUUGAUCGUAGACGAGGGUCAGAGAUUGAAGAACGACAAGAGCUUGCUGUAUAGAGCCUUGCAAGACAUGAGGAUUCCGUUCAGAGUUCUGUUAACUGGUACCCCUUUGCAGAACAACAAACGUGAGCUCUUCAACCUGCUGCAAUUCAUCGAUCCCUCGCGUAAUGCCGAGGCACUCGAUGAAGAGUAUAGAGAGGUCACAAACGAAUCUCUUAGAAAGCUUCAUGCUAUGAUCAGACCCUACUUUCUGCGUCGUACGAAGAUAGAAGUUCUCACCUUUCUCCCACCAAUGGCUCAAAUCAUUCUUCCUGUCACCAUGACCUACCUCCAGGAGAAGCUGUCGAAAUCUAUUAUUUCCAAGAACUCGGAAUUAAUCAAGGCGAUUGUUUCCAAAGGAAAGAUUAAAGCCGGUGAGCGGAAAGGUCUGAACAAUAUACUCAUGGAACUACGACGUGUUCUUUGUCACCCAUUUCUCUUCAGCGACUCCGUCGAAGAUCGAACCGUUACCGAUCCAGUCAUCAUCCAGAAGAACCUUGUUGACGCUUCUGGCAAGCUUCGGCUUCUGAAUAUCAUGCUUCCCAAAUUGAGGGAGCGUGGCCAUCGUGUCUUGAUUUUCAGCCAAUUCCUCAUGAGCCUUACUAUCCUUGAGGAUUUUCUCACAGCACUCGGACUACCCCAUGCCCGGAUCGAUGGAAGCUUGUCCGCUCUAGAGAAGCAGAAGCGGAUCGACGCCUUUAAUGAGCCUGGCUCACUCUUUUUUGCAAUGCUACUGUCAACGCGUGCCGGUGGUGUCGGUAUCAAUCUAGCAACUGCAGACACGGUCAUAAUUUUUGACCCUGACUUCAAUCCACACCAGGACAUACAGGCACUCUCACGAGCUCACCGUAUUGGACAGAAAAACAAGGUUCUCUGUUUCCAAUUGACUACAAAGGACACAGUGGAGGAGAAGAUCAUGCAGAUUGGCCGCAAAAAGAUGGCACUUGAUCAUGCCUUGAUCGAAAGUAUGGAUGCUGCUGAUGAGGCAGGAGAGAAGGACCUUGAAUCUAUUCUUAAGCAUGGCGCAGAGGCAUUGUUUAGUGGCGAUGCCCAGGACAAGAUUGUUUAUGACGAAGCCUCCGUUGACAAGCUACUUGACCGCAGUCAGAUCGAAAGUACUAGUACUGGUAACGACAAAUCAACGGAGUCGCAAUUCUCCUUCGCACGUGUCUGGGCCAACGACAAGGCCACACUCACUGCUAACAUCGACGACGAUGCUAAUGAGAGCAACGGGCCAACAGACUCGAACGUUUGGGAAAACAUAUUGAAACAACGUGAAGAGGAACACCAGCAGGAGCUUGCGAAGCAGCAUCGUGAGUAUGGCCGUGGUGCUCGCCGACGGGCUCAAGAUGUGCGCUAUGAUGCAGUAGGUGGCUAUAUCGAAGGCAUUAAUGACGACUUCCUGACAGAACACCAGUCUCAGAUUCAGGGCGACCUCGAACUCGAUGCAUCCACAGAGAGUGACUUUAAUGCUAAGGAGUCUGAGGGGAGCGAUGCCGAAGAGGAAGAGGCUUACUCUAAGGUCUCACCCAAGAGCAGAGCUCGAAAAGCAUUGGCACCAGAUGUCGUAACUCUCCUAGACAAGCCGUUGUCGCCGCCGCCGCCGCCGCCACGGCUACCAUCUCUCCCCAGAGACCCGUUGCAGCCAAGAAAAAGAGGCAGACCAAGAAAGCCAGUGGACCAACUAACGCCGUCAAACCGGAUGGCAGCGAAGGUGCAAAAGCCUCCACACCCGAACCAGUCCCUAACAACGAGCCUUCGAAACCCUCAGCUUCCUCUGACAAUGCCGCCGAUACAGCAGUCAGCGGUCCCGGAGGCGCCGACAUACCUACAGAUGGCUCCGCAGCCAAUGUAUAAACCACUCCCAGCACAACAUUCAACCUCGUUGUCAAUGAGCUUACCCACGAAUAAUGGCUGGGGUAAUCCUAGUAGUACCGUGCCUCAAUUUACCCCUACUACUAAUCAAAAUCCUCUAGUCUCGUCGUGGUCCCGUUUACAGCAGCCGCCUGCCGGAUAUCACAACCUACCCGAUAGGGCCCACUCCUUCCAGCAUAUUAAUACUCCGAACUAUCAAACGAAUCCUGCGACUUCAUUGCCAAGUGGGCCAGCGCCUACGAACAUGACUCUGGUGUCAAAUAUUCAAACUAUGCCGCACACCAAUUUGGCAACAAACUUGACUUUAGGUCAAAACGGCAUAGAGCGAGGAGUCCCUUGCAUCAUUUGCGGAGAGUCGCAUGCCUUUCUGGCAUGCGUGGACUUGAAUUCUGAACUUUCGCUACGCAUCGCAAUCGACUGUCUUAGACCGUUGAAGGCGGACUCUGAUCGUGCAUUCAAGGAACAGGUCAGGGAGCAACUUAGACAACGACUAAAAGUACUCACCAAAAAUGUGAGCUGAUUUGGGCAUCUGUCUCUGCAGACUGUGCACAGCUUAUUGCCCCCAAGGUUUGCUUCAACGGAUCUCACUGAUCCCCUCACCAUUGGCAAAUGUUUUUUUCCGACAUAGAUACCUGGGCGAUUCUGAUCAACGGAAUUGCUUGGGAAUAUAGAUAUGAGAAGACAAAUCAACAAGUUCGGACGUUGUUGGCCCUAUUUUGAGUGAAUGUAUUCGAGACAGAAGUUUUCAAUUGGUAUUUGAACAACCAACAGUAUACAGG